AUGCGUAGUAUUAUUAGUUGUGUUUUGGGAUUUAAUGUUCCUUCAAUUUUCAUAUUUGGUGACUCUAUAUUUGAUGCUGGUAACAAUCAUUAUAACAAAAAUUGCACAGCACAAGCUGAUUUUCCACCUUAUGGUUCCAAUUUCUUUCAUCAUCCAACUGGUAGAUUUACUAAUGGAAGAACUGUUGCUGAUUUCAUUUCUCAAUUUAUUGGGAUUCCUUUGCAAAGGCCAUUUUUGGAAGCACAACUUGAGUUAGUAAAUGGAAGUAGAAAAGAGUAUCCAUCAAAUGGCAUUAACUUUGCUAGUGCUGGUAGUGGAGUUCUAUCAACAACAAAUCAGGAUUUGGGAGUGACACAAAUUCAAGAUCAAAUUCAACAAUUCAAAACCUUAGUCCAACAAAACCAUAUAACCAAGAAACAAAUACAACAAUCACUUUUUUUCUUUGAGUCAGGCUCCAAUGACAUUUUUAGCUACUUCUAUCCAUUUGAUGCCCCAACACUUACACCAGAUGCCUAUGUUCAAGCCAUGUUAGCUCAAGGUACAAAUUUUGUUGAUCAAAUUUGCAAGCUAGGGGCACGUCGAAUCGCGUUGUUUUCGUUAGGCCCCGUUGGUUGUGUCCCAGCUAGGACCCUCUUGCCUGGUGCACCAAUUGAUAAAUGCUAUGGAAAGAUGAAUAAAAUGGUCAAAAAUUAUAAUAUGGGGUUAGAGAGUUUGGUAAAAAUAAUACCAACUAAGUAUCCUGGUUCAUUUGCUGUGUUUGGAGAUGUGUACAAGAUUGUUCAAAUCUUCAAAGCUAAUCCUAAACGUUAUGGAUUUUCAGAUGCGACUAAUGCAUGUUGUGGUGAUGGAACACUUGGAGGAUUAUUGCAAUGUGGUAAAGAAGGGUACAAGAUAUGUGCAAAGCCCAAUGAAUACUUGUUUUGGGAUUACUUUCAUCCAUCAGAGCAUACUUAUAAUCUCAUCUCAAAGGCAUUGUGGAAUGGAAUUCAUACUCGAAUUAGACCUAUAAAUCUCAAAACACUAGCAAAUAUGACCCUCACUCAACACUAA